AUGGGGUGUAAAGCAGCACAAGCCGGAUUUAUUCUCUGCCUUCUCUCCUCAUCAGUGCUGCAGGGUCACACUGACAACAGAGUGACUUACCCUUCACGUCAGAUCUGUGCCGUACAAGGAUCGACGGUGGACAUACGCUGCACCUACACGUAUCCGUUCAGAGUAAACGGGAACGCCACUGUGGUUGAAGAAGCUGUGUGGUUUACUGAGAUGAACCGUGAUGAGCCUGUAGAUGUGAAGACAGAUGCAGAGUUCACAGAUCGUGUGCAGUAUCUUUGUGGUGAGAACUACUGCAAUCUGAGAAUCACAGACCUGAGAAAGAGCGACUCAGCUGAGUACAAGUUCAUGUUCAGAACAAACCAACCAGGAGGGAAAACUAUUGGUUCACCAGGAGUCAGACUGUCUGUCACAGCUCUCCAGGUGCAGGAGGUAGACACGUCAAUGUGGUAUCCUUCCUGGAAGGAGUUGAAAUGUAGCAGCAGUUGUGAUCUACCUGAUCAUCACUCCUACAUCUGGUACAUGAAUGGACAGGAGUUUCACAGAAUAACACCUUUUUUUGACAAAUCCUUUGAUCGUUCAGACAGCAUUGCGUGUGCUGUUACAGGACAUGAGAAGUUUCCAUCUCCUUCAGUGUGUGUUCGUGGUCAAACCUGUAACAGAGUGACUUACACCCAUAGAAGCAUCUGUGCCCUCAGAGGAUCAUCUGUGGACAUUUCCUGCACAUACGUUCAUGAAGAUGAUGUUGUGACAAAGUUCUGGUUCAAUCUUGGACGCAGGUCUCAGUGGCGCCAUUAUUCACAGCCUGAGGACAUCAUCAGAGACUCUCAGUAUGCAGAUCGUGUUCAGGUCUCUGAACAUGGAGGACGCUCCACUCUGACAAUCAGAGACCUGAAGGACACUGAUUCAGCUGAGUAUCACUUCAAAUUCAAAACACAAGAGUUUGAAUGGAAGAGCAGUUUACCUGGAACAAUUCUGACUGUCACAGCUCUGCUCUCCCAUCAGACAGUUGAUCUUCUUCCACCACGUCUCCGACAGGCUCUUGAUCUUAUCGGGGGUCUUCUUCCUCAGAGUCAGCCUCUGCUGCUGCUGCUCAGCGCUGUGACUCGCCGAGCACUCUGCGAAGCCCACCGCCCCGAGUUCCUGGGCCAGACGCUGGCCCUCCUCGGUGCCCACCGGCCGCUCCUGGUUCUGUGCCAGGUGGAUCAGGACCUGGACGUCUUCCCUCAGGUCCAGCUGGGUGCCAACCAGGACCAGGGGCGCGUCGGGACAGUGCUGAUGGAUCUCAGGAACCCAUUUUUCGAUCAGGUUGCGAAAAGAGCAGGGGCGGACCACGCUGUAGCAGAGGAGGAAGACAUCGGCGUUUUUGUAGCANAAGAAGCUGUGUGGUUUACUAGGAUGAACCGUGAUGAGCCUGUAGAUGUGAAGACAGAUGCAGAGUUCACAGAUCGUGUGCAGUAUCUUUGUGGUGAGAACUACUGCAAUCUGAGAAUCACAGACCUGAGAAAGAGCGACUCAGCUGAGUACAAGUUCAUGUUCAGAACAAACCAACCAGGAGGGAAAGCUAUUGGUUCACCAGGAGUCAGACUGUCUGUCACAGCUCUCUGGGUGCAGGUGGUAGACACGUCAAUGUGGUAUCCUUCCUGGAAAAAGUUGAAAUGUAGCAGCAGUUGUGAUCUACCUGAUCAUCACUCCUACAUCUGGUACAUGAAUGGACAGGAGUUUCAUAGAAUAACACCUUUUUUUGCCAAAUACUUUGAUCGUUCAGACAGCAUUGCAUGUGCUGUUACAGGACAUGAGAAGUUUCCGUCUCCUUCAGUGUGUGUUCGUGGUCAAACCUGUAACAGAGUGACUUACACCCACAGAAGCAUCUGUGCCCUCAGAGGAUCAUCGGUGGACAUUUCCUGCACAUACGUUCAUGAAGAUGAUGUUGUGACAAAGUUCUGGUUCAAUCUUGGACGCAGGUCUCAAUGGCGCCAUUAUUCACAACCUGAGGACAUCAGCAGAGACUCUCAGUAUGCAGAUCGUGUUCAGGUCUCUGAACAUGGAGGACGCUCCACUCUGACAAUCAGAGACCUGAAGGACACUGAUUCAGCUGAGUAUCACUUCAAAUUCAAAACACAAGAGUUUGAAUGGAAGAGCAGUUUACCUGGAACAAUUCUGACUGUCACAGUUCUGCAGGUGCAGGUGACCAGAACAAUAUCAGUCCAUCAGUCUUAUACUGAGGCGGAGCUGAAGUGUCAAAGCAGCUGCAGCCCAGCUGGUCGUCUUUCCUACAUCUGGUUCAAGAACGGACAGAAAAACACAACGCAGAAAACUUCUACUUACACAGACUCCUUUUAUCCAGGAGACACCAUCUCCUGUGCUUUCAAGGGGCAAGAGGAUCACCGCUCUGCUUCAGUGUAUCCUUCAAAGCUUCCCUCUGUGUCAGUGAGCCCCUCUGCGGAGAUAGUGGAGGGAAGUUCACUGAAUCUGACCUGCAGCACUGAUGCUAACCCAGCAGCUACGUACACCUGGUACAAGGAGGAUGAAGACUCACCAAAAGCAUCAGGACAGAUCUUCACCAUCCCUGACUUCAGAGCUGAACACAAAGGGAACUAUUACUGUGAAGUCCAGAACACCAGAGGACGUCAUAACUCCACCUUACAUCUGACUGUUGUAUCAAAUCCUUUAAAGCUUCCCUCUGUGUCAGUGAGCUCCUCUGGGGAGAUAGUGGAGGGAAGUUCACUGAAUCUGACCUGUCGCACUGAUGCUAACCCAGCAGCUAAAACUACUUUGUACAAGGGGAACCAAACUCUGUCUCUAGGAUCAGCAGGAAUUUAUCACUUCACCUCCAUCAGCUCUGAGGACAGAGGAAUGUACUCCUGCAAGUCUGAAGAUGAGCAACCUGUGUUUUUAUUCCUAGAUGUCCUGUAUGCUCCAAAGCCUCCCUCUGUGUCAGUGAGUCCCUCUGCUGAGAUAGUGGAGGGAAGUUCAGUGAAUCUGACCUGCAGCAGUGAUGCUAACCCAGCAGCUACGUACACCUGGUACAAGGAGGAUGAAGACUCACCAACAGCAUCAGGACAGAUCUUCACCAUCACUGACUUCAGAGCUGAACACAGUGGGAGUUAUUACUGUGAAGUCCAGAACACCAGAGGACGUCGUAACUCCACCUUACAUCUGACUGUUGGUUCAUGGACAUUUCCAGUUGCUCUGACGAUCACUGCUGUCUUGCUGGCCUUCAUACUCCUCUUUCUCUUGCUGUGGAUUAGACGACAGAGGUUUUUCAAACAACAAUCUGAGGCUGGAGAGACACCAGUCAGCAGAACACAGGAAGAACUUCAGUACGCCAGUGUGCAGUUCGCUGCAAAACAGCCGGACGCCGUCUACUCCAACUUCCGCCCAGGUCAGGUGCAGAGAUACCAGGAGGAGUCUGUGAUAUACGCAACUACCAUCCACAGCAGCAGCACCGCCGCCGGAACAAGACGUCAGGCAGCUGUUCCAGAUGUGUCUGAUCUGUACAGCAAAGUCAGGUGAAACCAUGGCGGCUCUGUGUGCAUCUUCAGCAAAGUGGCUUUAUUCCAGAGCGUCUCAGGACAGGGGGCGCUCAUGUCGUACAGACUGUAAAUUCCCUUGAUGCAAAUUAGAUUUGUUUUUCUUACUACACUUAUACUGCUGUUAUUUUUACUGAUAUUUUGCUCUUAUUUUAUUGUACUUA